CAAACACUAAAGUUUGUGCAAAAAGCUCUGUGCAAAAGCUCUGUGCAAAGUGACAGCGGACAGCGACAGUGCGAGGACUUUACCACGUCCCAGACGGCUUUAAAGCAUAUGUGCACACCCCCGGACACUGCUCUUAUCUGCGGAAUAUCAGAGGAAUAUCAGCGGAAUAUCAGGCGUCCCAGGAGCGGCUUUGGAGAGACGCACAGACCGCGUCACUGGAACAGCACAAACAAACGUUUGGACCUGAGGAUCUUUUUGAGGUGCCUUUACUAUGACGAUCAUUGAAGUCCACAUAAUAGUUCAAGUCUAAGGAAACAAUCCUGCCUCUGUUUAGAACCAGCGUCUGAUACAGCUGCCCUGGGACGGUGACAGUCAUGCAUUUGGAGGUCAAGGUGGCCCUCAACUUCAUUGUGUCAUACCUCUACAACAAACUGCCUCGCCGCAGAGCCGACCUGUUUGGUGAGGAGCUGGAGAGGAUUCUGGUGUCUCGUUUCGAGGGGCACUGGUACCCGGAGGCGCCUCUCCGGGGCUCUGCUUUCCGCUGCCUCCAUCUGGGGGCUCCUCGGGACCCUGUUGUAGAGCUUGCUGCCAAGAGGAGUGGUCUGGACACAGAGGAGGUGAGAGCAAAUGUCCCUGCGGAGCUUAGUGUGUGGAUUGACCCGUAUGAGGUCUCAUACCAGAUUGGAGAGAAGGGGCCUGUGAAGGUGCUGUACCUAGAAGACCCCCCUGGCCUGGGCUGUGAUGGAGAGGCUCCUGAGGGUGUCAUGACAGAGGUUAAAGGAGAUGUCGAGGCUGAGGAGAACAAGAGUGCAGGCUUCAACCCGGACGCUCAGGUUUUUGUGCCCAUCAGCAGUCAGGCGUCGCCCACUCUGUUGCCUUCACUCUGCAGCACCCCUCCCCCACUGCCCACCUCCUGUCAUGGGCUCUUCAGCUACCCAAGCUCCAGUACACCUCCUGAGCUGGCACCUCACUCCUCCAACACCUCCACUCCCUCUCCCCCCAGCGCCCUGCCCUAUCUCUCCACUCAGCAGCCCACUCGACCACAGCCCAUCACCUUCACCACCGCUAGCUUCGCUGCCACGAAAUUUGGCUCCACCAAGAUGAAGAAGAGCAGCGGGGGCGUGCCUGCCGCUGUACCACCUGUCCCAAGGAUGCUGUCCCGGUCCCCUCCCCUCUCUACUCCUGAGCUGCUCAAGCACAAGCCACUGUCUCUGUCCCUUCAUUCCCUGGGAGGACCCAUCCCCAGCCAGCUCUCCCCCAACGCCAAAGAGUUCAUCUACCCUGGAUCUCCAGGCCAGCUGUACUUUGACAGUGACACUCCGCCCAUUCAAGCUCACACUAGCCCCUUUCAGCCGUCCCACACAGUCAGCAAUCAGCCGCCCUUUGACCCCUUCUCCAGCCCCCCUCCAUCUCAGAGUGUAGGCAUCAUAGGAAGUGGAGGUGGCCCCAUCUCUUAUGUCGAGAAGCCGCCGUUUGUUGACGGUUUGGGAAACUACAACCUGCAAUACCCCAGUCCAUCCUUCCAGCCUGUAGUGCUGGCCAACUAAGCCUUCAUUUGACAAUACUUUAAGACACUAACUUCAGAUUCUUUUUUAUUUUUUCUAACAAAUUGAAAUACCAAUGCAAGUUUAGAAUUACUUUUACUACUGAUCUACAAUAUAACUGAGUGUACCAUUUAGUUUUGUCCCUGUGUACCCCCCCCCCUCACCUCAUGCACUUUGUCAUUUAUUAGCAGCCAUGCUUUGUGAGCAGCAUAAGAGCGGGUGGGAACGCACUUUCCGUUCUGCAUUGACUGGUUGCCAGAUCCUUGUUUAUGAUUUCCAUUGAAUGUUAACAGUGGAGAUUUGUUUUCUUGGACCCGGCUCUAGUGUACCCUCCAUUUUGCAUUGCACUGUCAUGCUGUGAAAAAUGACCUAGCCAAGUCCUGCAGUGAAUGACGGCUGUGGAAAAAGCUCAGCACUUUGUUCCGCAAUCUGCUCUGCCCUACUUGCCACAAAUACAGCGAGUAGAGCUCUGCUUGCCUUGCUGUUCUUGUUUUGUUAUGUUUUGAUGGGGUUCCAAGCCUCAGUGUUCAUAGUGGCCAUCUUCUCCUUGAAACCACAGGCACACGCGCAUCUUACGUAUUCAGAGCCGCUUUAGUAUUCCAUGACAUGGGCCUAAAUAAGAGGGUGCAGUAUGUUGUGGACGGCAGAUCUAGUGGAAUGUAGUCCACUUGUCAAGGGAAAUUGCAUCAGGGACAGUUUAGGAAAACUGUAUAUGAAAAGCAAUUUAGCACCGCAACAUGUUUUGAUACCUCAGUCAUAAUUCGAUCCAUCUGUACAAAUGGACAGUGCAGGGAAAUGUGUGCAUGGUUUCAGGCAGCAGCGCAUGAAGGUGAACAGGCAGAAGAAUUGAGGGGGAGGGGAGGAAGAAGCUACAGCAUUAGGGAUUGUGAUAAAUGGCUUAGCAUGACUUUGUCUAUGAAGGAGAGCGUUUCCUGGGUGUGUAGAAGACCAGGGGAGAGACGGAGGCAAAUGCAAAGGGCUGGAGUGACUGAAGGGAGUGUUGCCUCGACACUGCUCAGGGUGGAUAAGCUUAGAGAGCCCCACGUUAAAAUCCAGAGCACGUUUCCUCUCAGUUUAAACGGUAUUGAAGCCAAAGGCACACUAUUCUCUCUAUUCUCUCCCCUCUUGAAAUUCCUCUAGUUUUAUACAAAGAUGUAUUGGGAGACAGAUGUAAUGAAGGUGAAUGUUCCUGAAUGUGGCACGGGCUGUGUUGUGGUGUUUUGAAUAGCCUGUCACAUGUGAGUUGUAUGUUUACUGGCCGGGUCCUUGUGAUAGUUUUGUCUCUGGAGGCAGGAGUGACCCUCAGAUGUCCGUUUAAGCUUUCCAGCACUUUAUUACUGGGCUCGUCGUGCCCUCGCCCUCAGCUCAGUAAUGCACACUCACUUAGCUGUCGUUAAAUGCUUUAGAGAUUCUAAAAGGACUACAAAGUAUUCAAUGCAUCACACUGGUGAGAAGAUGUCAGUCCAGAUUUCUACUUGUAUAUGUUUUAUUUACGACCCCUGACUUGUGCUCACUGAUCUUUGCAAUGUGACGGUUUGUCAUAUGCAUGCAGUCAUGCAACUUUUAUUUGUAAUACUAGGGGGUUGACACAUGUUAUGAUUGCAAUGGGAAAUGUAUUUUUCUUUAUAGUGUUUUUCUAUUAUUUUUCUGUUUUGUUUUUGCUAAUGACCACUCAUAUUUGUACACGUAUAAAAUACUGGAAAAUGUAUAUAUACACAGUCCUUAUGUUAAGAGUCAUUGUUUAGUUUCUUACAUGCUGAGGUUAUUUUUUCAACAAAAAAAUACGUGAAUAUAUGCAAAACAAGACAAUAAAGAUAGAAGUAUAAAGUGU